AUGUAGAACUAUUCUAGAGACGGCGAUAUUGCUAGUUAAGAGAGAAUUAAUAACAACUAUGUAACUCAAAAGCCUACAGAAGAAGCAGAAUAGUUAAAUAUUAAAAUAAUUUACUAUAAUUACUUAGCUUUUACUGGUUGGGAUAUAUUAUUUGUCAUUUUAUUUGCUAUAUUUUUGUCAAAAAAGAGCUAUUACAACCCUGAUGGUGAAGGUGUUUGUGACACAUUUUAUUUCUGGGCUAGCAUUCAUUUUUAUACAACUGCAGCUGAUAUUGCAGUUAAUGCUUGCAUCUUGAUAUCUUACCACUAUUCAUAAAAGUGGCAUAAUUAUUUUAAAUUAGCGUCUUAUGUUUACACCGUUCCUUAUUUAGUAUUUAUGAUUGGAACAUAUGCUACAAUGAGAUCAUCUUGUGGGAGUUUAUUUUAUUUAGUAAUUGCAGAAAUAGUAAGCAUUUUACUUUUUAUAGUUUUAUCAGCAUUAUUUUCAAAAUAUAUGAAGGCCUAGGCAAAUAUUAACUCAUAAUAAUAAAAUUAAUAAUAUGAUAUCUGA